CACCCAGGUCUCUGAUAGCAGUACAGGAGCGCGCCUUCGUGCACGAUGCUAUCGCGGAGCUGCGCUCCGUAAUGGAGCCGAACAGCAUCCGCUUGUCAUGCGGAGGAUCCAGCUCACAGACUCGGAGCUGAAGCUGCUCAGCGUCCGCCUUCAGGUUCAGACCCAGCAGAACCAUCGGAGCUCGACGCAGUGUGAGUCCGAGCAGCGGGGCGGAGCUGCGGGGAGUCGAACACCAAAUAGGUGCGUUUCCCUCAUGGAGCUGAUCAGAUGUUACACCUGCACAGGUGACGGAGCUGCAGUCUGUCGGGUGGUGCUGAUGCUGCUGAGGCUACCAGCUCAUAACUCUGAUACUUCAUCUGAACUCUAGUCAGCAGAAAAACCUGCAGCUGUUAAAAGUAUCAGAACAGAUACUGCAGCAACAGAUACUACAACAACACGCAGGUGAGAGCCUGCAACAGGAAAUGACGUUUAGACUGACGGCUCAGACAGAGCACCAUCUCACCAGCAGAACUUUUUUUAAAAACAUCAUGACUGACACCAGAAGCACUGUGGUACUACAGAGUCAGUGUAAGAACUACAGCAGGACUGCAGCCGCAGCUUUGUCCUGUCUAGAGAUAAUCUGAUAAUUGAGCUGAGAGGAUUGUCUGACAGGAAAUGGGAAGCACUGGAGAGAAGAGAGAGGAAGAAGAGGAGAGGAGCAGCAGGAGGAAGAGGAGGCCACUGAGACUCCACAUGCCUGACCUGAGUGUCUUCACGAUGCCGUUCCUGGACGGAGUACCAGGUCGAGACGGCAGCAGGAAGGGGGAGCCUCUGUGUCGCUCUGCCAGCCCUACCAGGAGCUUCUUCCAUCGGACUCCAUUCAACCGACCUUCCACCCCACGCUCCGCCCCUGCCAGGACCUCCAGCUCCAAGAGCCCCAUCUCCCCCAAAACCUUCUCCUACCAGAGCGGAGACUCCCCACCCAGGUCUCCAUGCAGGCUCAGUUUCAGUGGGAUCUUCAGGUCAGCCUCCAAAGAUCUGAACCAGCAGCCAUCAUCGUCCCCCAUCAGCAUCAAAUUGUUCAACCGCAACAAGAGAGACAAGACCAGAGGCUACAGUCUGUCCACCCCCCCUCCACCUCCUCCUCCUGCUCCCUCUCAUCAGGAGGAGGUUUUCCAUCUGGAGACAUACCUGACUGAGCCAGGCCGUCCGGAGACAAGGAGGCUACGUUCCUUCUCCUCGCCCCCUGACACUGAACAACAGCCCUCUCGCCUCUACUCCUCCAUCACCUUCUCCUCCACCUGCUACAACCUGCCUCCACAGACCCCGCCUCCUCUGGCUCCUCCUGUUCCUGCAUCUCAAUUCAUUGGGAGGCGGGUGGAGGCUGCAGACAGCAUGUCAGAGCAGCCGGACCCCGACGAUGCCGCUUCAGAGGAAUCAGAGAGAGACAUCUACAUGCGCUUCAUGAAGUGUCACAAGUGUUAUGACAUCAUUCCCACCAGCUCCAAACUGGUGGUGUUCGACACCACGCUGCAGGUGAAGAAGGCGUUCUUUGCUCUGGUGGCGAAUGGCGUGCGAGCUGCUCCGCUGUGGGAGAGCAAGAAGCAGAGCUUUGUGGGCAUGUUGACCAUCACAGACUUCAUCAACAUCCUGACCAGAUACUACAAGUCACCCAUGGUGCAGAUCUACGAGCUGGAGGAACACAAGAUUGAAACGUGGAGAGAGCUGUAUCUGCAGGAGACCUUCAAACCUCUGGUCCACAUCCCACCUGACGCCAGUAUAUUUGAGGCUGUGUACUCUCUGAUAAAGAAUAAGAUCCAUCGGCUUCCGGUCAUUGAUCCCAUCAGCGGAAACGCCCUCUACAUCCUGACACAUAAGAGGAUCCUCAAGUUCCUGCAGCUCUUUGUGUGUGAGAUGCCCAUGCCGGCCUUCAUGAAGCAGACUCUGGAGGAACUUGGUGUGGGGACAUACUCCAACAUCGCCUACAUCCACCCUGAUACGCCGCUCAUCACGGCGCUGUCCGUCUUCACGCACCGCCGCGUCUCCGCCCUGCCCGUCGUUGACCACAAUGGUAAAGUGGUGGAUAUCUACUCCAAGUUUGAUGUCAUUAACCUGGCUGCUGAGAAGACCUACAACAACCUGGAUGUGACGGUGACUCAGGCUCUGCGGCACAGAUCUCAGUACUUUGAAGGAGUCAUGAAGUGCAACAAACUGGAAACUCUGGAGACCAUCGUGGACCGAAUCGUCAAGGCUGAGGUCCACAGGCUGGUUGUCGUUGACGAGGAGUCUCAUAUCGUUGGCAUCGUCUCGCUGUCUGACAUCCUGCAGGCGCUCGUUCUGACCCCCGCAGGUCUGGGGAGGAAGGAGUCCAUCCCCUGUCAGCCCACAGCCAUCGACUUACCUGAGCCAGAAACCACAUGUCAAACUGGACUGGACCAGGAACAGGAACCUGGUUCAGAAAAAGAGACUGAUGGUAAACCUGAACCAGACCAAGACCAGAACCAGGAGCCUGGCUCAGAGACAGAGACUGAUGGUAAACCUGAACUGGAUCAGGACCAGAACCAGGAGCCUGGUUCAGCAACAGAGACUGAUAGUAAACCUGAGUUGGACCAAGACCAAAACCAGGAGCCUGAUUCAGAGAUAGAGACUGAUGGUAAACCUAAACCAGACCAGGACCAGGACCAGGAACCUGAUUCAGAGAUAAAGACUGAUGGUAAACCUAAACCAGACCAGGACCAGGACCAGGAGCCUGGUUCAGAGAUAGAGACUGAUGGUAAACCUAAUCCAGACCAGGACCAGGAGCCCGGAGCAGAUACAGAGACGGGGUCCCGAGAUGUUGAGACUGCAGACCUCUUCCAGCAGGAGGAGGCAGAGGGAGAAAUUAUGGAGAAGGAAGUCACAGAGGAGACAGAAGGGGAGAACAUAGAAAAGGAGGCAGAGAAGGAAAUAGAAGAGGAGACACAGGAUCAGAGAGAGGAGGGAGGUGAAGAGGAGGAGCCACAGAAAGAGGCAGAGGAGGAGACAAAGGAAGAGGUAGAUGGUGAAAAGACAGAGAGGGAACAGGAGGGGGAGUUAGAGGGAGAAACAACAGAGAAGGAGAAAAAAGGGGAGGACACACAGGCAGAAGAGGAGGAGACGAGUGGAGGUAAGGAGGAGGAGGAGGGUGAUGGAGAGGUGGUAGAACAGGAAGAUGAGGAGACUGAAGAAGGAGAGGAGAAAGUAAUAGGGGGUGGAGCAGAGGGAGGAGGUGAAGAGGCAGCAUGACAUCAUCAUGCUGCCUCUUUCUGGACUCUAACAGCUCGCUGUACCCGGGUCGAACCGACCUCCACACAGGAGAAGCCGCCUGCUGGAGGGCUGUGAUUGGACAGCUGCUGUGGAGGUGGGAGGAGCCUGUAGGUGACCAACAUCUGCUAGAGCCAAACAGCAUCUCUGAAGCUCUCAGAGGACGGUUCUGGUUCUUGUUCUUCUGCCCCCUGUUGGUGAAACUCCACCACCGCAUCAUCUUCAUGUUUGUUAAUUUAUUUACAGUUUAGAUAAACGGUUUUUAAAUAUCCAUGAAAUCCAACCAGAACCUGAAACGGAUCCUGUAAACCUGGAACACUGAGUGCUUGGCCCGUCUCUGAAUGGUAAAGAGGUCUUUUUUUAAUUGAGCUAGUCAUGAAUCUGAAGAGCCACGUCGUUUGUGACGUUUCGUAACAAAUCGAAUGUGUUCGUUACUUUGCUGUAAAAUUUUUAGGAAUAUGUAAAAAAAAAAAAAAACAACAACAAAAAGGGUUUUAUUGUCAACU